UAGUGUUUGUGCGCAUGCGCAGUCGCGCUGCACUCUAAUGGAAGACAUGUCUGCAGUAUAAUCGUGUUUUUCUGCGCUGUUUCUCUGUGUUUGUGCACUCAACAGCCCACAGCCGAGCCCUCAACACCCUCCAAGUGUCAGAAUGGCUUCGGUCUCUCAGAGCUCUCAAAAUCCUGGUACCCGGAUCAUGACCUUUCAUCCCACAAAAGACGAGUUCAAAGACUUUAACAGAUACAUCGCAUAUAUGGAGUCACAGGGGGCUCACAGAGCCGGGAUGGCUAAGGUGGUGCCACCAAAGGACUGGAAGCCACGGCGCACGUAUGAUGACAUCGACGACCUGGUGAUUUCCACCCCGAUUCAACAGGUUGUGACUGGCCAGUCGGGGCUCUUCACGCAGUACAACAUCCAGAAGAAGCCAAUGACCGUCCGCGAGUUUCGCAAAACUGCCAGCACAGACAAAUUCUGUAAUCCCAGAUAUGCUGAUUUUGAUGAACUUGAGAGGAAAUAUUGGAAGAAUUUAACGUUUAACCCACCAUUAUACGGGACAGACGUCAGUGGAACCCUCUAUGAUCCAGAUGUGACGGAGUGGAAUAUUGGCCAUCUGAACACUAUUUUGGACAUGGUGGAGAGAGAAAGUGCAAUCACAAUUAAAGGUGUAAACACUCCCUUUCUAUAUUUUGGGAUGUGGAAGAGCACGUUUGCGUGGCACACAGAAGACAUGGAUCUCUACAGCAUUAAUUACCUUCACUUCGGAGAACCCAAGUCCUGGUAUGUGGUGCCUCCAGAGCAUGGAAAACGAUUGGAGCGUCUUGCCAAAGGAUUCUUUCCUGGAAGCGCUCAAAGUUGUGAAGCCUUCUUGCGACACAAAAUGACUUUAAUUUCACCAUCAAUCCUGAGGAAGUACGGUAUACCCUUUGAGAAGGUGACACAGAAAGCAGGCCAGUUCAUCGUGACCUUCCCAUAUGGAUAUCAUGCUGGAUUUAACCAUGGCUUCAACUGUGCAGAAUCCACAAACUUCGCCACACAACGCUGGAUCGAUUAUGGCAAACAGGCAACAUUAUGUUCCUGUCGGAAAGACAUGGUGAAGAUCUCCAUGGAUGUGUUUGUACGUAAGUUCCAGCCAGAACGUUACAAACUUUGGGAAGCAGGAAAGGACAGUGCACCCAUUGACCAUUCGAAGCCCACCCCAGAGGCAGCAGAGUUCCUCACAGACGCAAAGACUGAAAAUGAUAAGGGAGAACUAAGCGAAAACAGCAAAACACAAACUGAGGAGAAGAAAGGAGAAACGGAGCGUGGAGAGGAGCAGAUGGCAAACACAGAAUGUGGAGAGGAGGAGAAAGCUGAAAGUUUGUCUGAAAAGAAGGUGAAAGGAGGAAUGGGGGAAGCAGAUAUAGAUGGUGGAAAGGUAGAGAAAGGAGAGAUGGAGACCGAGGAGAAGGCUGUUUGCAUUGAGGAGCCCAGCAGCACUUCAGAGCAAAACAACAGUAGCAGUAGUCCAAAGCAAAAGGUGGGCCAGAAACGGCUCAGACCCAGCACUGACACUGGAGAGAAAGAUGUGGACAAUAACGUGAAGGUAGAAGAGGAGGAAGUUGAGAGGAAGAAAGCCAAAUUCAGCCAGACUGAGACAGAUGAAAAGAAAGAACAAUUCAUCUCCGCUGACCCAGGUGAUGGGAAAGCUGAGGAAACCAUGGAGACAGACACACCUCCUCCAAACCAGGAAGAGAAUCAAGCCUCUCCUCGCAUGGAGGCGGAGCUCUCUCCAUCCAACCAGCAGCCAAAUCCCACCUCCAGCAGUGACAUCACAACUCAACCUCAACCAAGUGAUGACAUCACUCCCUCUGAAACCAGUGAAGUCACCUCAUCCUCACAAUCCAACAACAUCAGUGAUGACACCAGUGAUGAUGUUGCGCAGAUCAGUGAUGUCACCUCUCAGUCAGGUAAGGUCACUCAGAGCUGUGAUGUCCUUAGCAAGCCAGAUGACAUCACUCAAAACGGUGAACUCAUAAUGGAGCCAAGUGUCAUCACACCCCAUUCGUGUUCCAGUGACUUCUCUGCUGAAGUCCCACCCACUGAAAUCAUACCAGAGCUGCAGACCAGCAAUAUGUCUUCUCAGCCCAGCAUUAGCACUACCCACACCUGCUAUGUCACUGCAGAACCCAGCGACAGCAUCAUCAGCCCAAAAUGUGAGCCCAGCAUUAUCUACGCAAACACCAAUGAUGUCAGCACAAAACCUAGCAACAACACCAUAAACACGAGUACCAUCAGUCCUAAAUGCAAGCCCAGCAUUAGCUCCGCCCACACAUAUGAUGUCACAGCAGAACCCAGCAACAACACAAUAAACAUGAGUAACAUCAGUCCUGAAAGUGAGCCCAGCUAUGGUGUCACCGCAGAACCCAGCAAUAACACCACAAACACAAGUACCAUCAGUCCUGAAAGUGAGCCCAGUAUUAACCCCACCCACACUUAUGAUGUUACCACAGAACUCAGUAAGCCCAGCAUUAACUCCGCCCUCAUCUGUGAUGUCACCACAAAACCUAGCAACUACACCACAAACACAAGUAACAUCAGUCCUGAAAGUGAGCCCAGCAUUAGCUCCGCCCACACCUAUGAUGUCACUGCAGAACCCAUCAACAACACCAUUAACACGAGUACCAUCAGCCCUGAAAGUGGGCCCAGCAUUAAUCCCUCCCACACUUAUGAUGUCACCACAGAACCCAUUAAGCCCAGCCUUUACUCCACCCUCAUCUAUGAUGUCACCACAAAACCCAGUAACAACACCAUAAACCCCAACACCAUCAGCCCUAAAUGUGAGCCCAGCAUUAGCUCCACCCACACCUGUUAUGUCACCGUGGAACCCAGUGACAGCAUCAUCAGACCAAAAUUUGAGCCCAGCAUUAACUCCACCCACAGAGAACCCAGUAAGCCCAGAAUUAACUCCUCCCUCAUCUGUGAUGUCACCACAAAACCCAGCAACAACACCAUAAAUACGAGUACCAUCAGCCCAAAAUGCAAGCCCAGCAUUAACUCCGCUCACACUUAUGUCACCACAGAACCUAGUAAGCCCAGCAUUAACUCCACCCUCAUCUGUGAUGUCACCACAAAACCCAGCAACAACACCAACACCACCAGCCCAAAAUGCGAGCCCAGCAUUAUCUCUGCCCACACCUAUGAUGUCACCACAGAACCCAGUAAGCCCAGCAUUGACUCUGCCCACACCUAUGAUGCCACCACAAAACCCAGCACCAACACCAUAAACAUGAGUAACAUCAGUCCUGAAAGUGAGCCCAGCAUUAGCUCCGCCUACGCCUAUGAUGUCACCGCAGAACCCAGCAACAACACCACAAACACAGGUACCAUCAAUCCUGAAAGUGAGCCCAGCAUUAACCCCGCCCACACUUAUGAUGUCACCACAGAACCCAUUAAGCCCAGCCUUUACUCCACCCUCAUCUAUGAUGUCACCACAAAACCCAGUAACAACACCAUAAACCCCAACACCAUCAGCCCUAAAUGUGAGCCCAGCAUUAGCUCCACCCACACCUGUUAUGUCACCGUGGAGCCCAAUGACAGCAUCAUCAGACCAAAAUGUGAGCCCAGCAUUAACUCCACCCACACAGAACCCAGUAAGCCCAGCAUUAACUCCUCCCUCAUCUGUGAUGUCACCACAAAACCCAGCAACAUCACCAUAAAUACGAGUACCAUCAGCCCAAAAUGCGAGCCCAGCAUUAACUCCGCCCACACUUAUGUCACCACAGAACCCAGUAAGCCCAGCAUUAACUCCACCCUCAUCUGUGAUAUCACCACAAAACCCAGCAACAACACCAACACCAUCAGCCCAAAAUGCGAGCCCAGCAUUAACUCCGCCCACAACUAUGAUGUCACCACAGAACCCAGUAAGCCCAGCACUGACUCUGCCCACACCUGUGAAGUCACCACAGAACCCAGUAAGACCAGCAUUGACUCUGCCCACACCUAUGAUGCCACCACAAAACCCAGCACCAACACUAUCAGCUUUAAAUGUGAAACCAGUAUAAGCUCUGCCCACACUUAUGAUGUCACCCCAGAACCUAGUGACAUCACUGUCAGCCCUAAACGUGAGCUCGCCGAUUCGCGGAGUAUCUCUGUGUUAGCGAGCAGUAGUCAGGUGAGCCAGCCUGCAGUCCAGCACAUCUUCCAGAGAACCUUGAGUCCCGCGGAAGUGCUACACGUCCACAGCUACGCUAAAGGAGAUUACAGCGAGAUGGAACCGCGCAGCAGGCCUGAGAGAGACCCAGACAGCGACUCUGACAGCGAAUCUCAAGAGGACAGCAAGAAAUCAGAUGAACGUCCAGUUGAAGUCCAUCACAGGCUCCCUAGACUCCCCAGACACCAUCCUCUGAUGAAGGACAGCAUCAGUGAUGAAGAGCUGCAUGAUCAGGCUGCUUCAGAGGAGGAUGGUCUGGAUGGGGAGGCCUGGGCUCGACCUCUGACCCAGCUGUGGCAGAACAGACCGUAUAAUCCAGAGAGAGAAAGAGAAUACAACAGACGGAUGAGUCUGCUGGCACCGUACUGCUCUGUGUGCAUGCUUUUCCAGGCACACCAACAGUCUGAAGGAGGCAAGACUGAGCCGGCCGUAGUGCUGUCAGGGGGUCAGAUGAGGAGCAAGCCUCUGAUUCCAGAGAUGUGUUUCACAAUGACCACAGAAGACAGCGCUGACGUCCAUCUAACCACACCUCACCUGGAAGAGGACGGCACCAGCCUGCUCAUCACCUGUUCACAGUGUAGCGUCCGCGUGCACACCAGUUGUUAUGGUAUCGCUCCAGUGAGAGUCACAGAAGACUGGAAAUGUGCCCGUUGUAAAGCCAACGCCCACACUGAGAAUUGCUGUUUAUGUUCAUUGAGAGGUGGAGCACUACACCGAGCCAAUAAUGGCAAAUGGGUUCACGUCCUGUGUGCGGUGGCAGUGCUUGAGGCUCGCUUUAUAAACAUCAGUGAACGAUCGCCUGUGGAUCUCAGUGGCAUUCCCUUACUGAGAUUUAAACUGAAAUGCUACUACUGCAAACGGCGGAUGAAGAAAACAUCCGGCUGUUGUGUGCAGUGUUCUCAUGGUCGCUGCCCCACCUCAUACCACCCCACCUGCGCUCAGGCCGCCGGUGUCAUCAUGCACCCGGACAACUGGCCCUUUGUCGUUUACGUCACCUGCUGCCGCCACAAAGGGCCUGUCCAACCAGAGCGUAAUAAAGCAGCCAUGAGAGAGCUCAGCGUGGGUCAGAAGGUCAUCUGCAAGCACAAGAACGGGCGUUACUAUCAGUGUGAAGUGAUACAGCUGUCAAAAGAGACAUUUUAUGAGGUCAACUUUGAUGACGGCUCCUUCAGUGAUAACCUUUUUCCAGAGGACAUUGUGAACCGGGACUGUGCUCAGAUGGGUCCUCCACCACAGGGUGAGGUGGUUCAGGUCAGAUGGACAGAUGGUCUUGUCUAUGGAGCCAAAUUUGUGAUAGCUCAUGUCAUUCAGAUGUACCAGGUGGAGUUUGAGGACGGAUCACAGCUCACAGCGAAGAGAGAUGAUGUCUACACGCUAGAUGAAGAACUUCCCAAGAGAGUCAAGUCUCGUCUGUCUAAGGCAUCGGACAUGCGUUUUGACGAGAUGUUCGGAGAGAAGAAAGUCCAGAACAGCAAAAGACAGAGAGUGAUCAACUCCAGAUACAGAGGGGACUAUAUUGAGCCCGUAAUUUACAGAGCCAUCAUGGAGUAGCCAGCGAUAACAGCCUUCACCCAAAAACACCAGCACCCGUCCAGCGGACUGUAGCACAGCCUGCUAAUGUCAAUAGUGUUCAGGAUGGCUUUGACUACUCCCUGGAAGCACUUGUACAUGCCCUGAUUCGUCCAACACACUUUUUCUGAUUUUCUCAUUGUGUCUUUCUCAGAUGAUGUAGCUGUGUUGACUGCAGCACUGUGAAACUGUGCCACAAACACUCUAGGAUUUCAACAUCAGCAGUUUCACAGGGUUUCCGGAUGAAUUCUCACUGAAAGCAGUAAUUUGUGGAGUCUUUCUAAUACAUAUUCAUUUGAUUAUUUGUAAUCUCCAUUGCAUUAAAUAUCUACUUUUAUCAGAUUACAUUAAUUUAUUCUACUCAAAGGGAUAGUUCACCCAAAGGUCAAAAUUAAUUUACUCACCCUCAUGUUCUUCCAAACCUGUAUGACUUUCCUUCUGUAGAUCUCGAAAGGGGCACGUUGUGAAGAAUAUUCGCUCUGCUCUUUCCCAAACAAUGAAAGUGAAUGGGGACCAGGGGUUGUCAAGCUCCUAAAAUGAUAAAAAAUCACCAUAAAAGUAGUCCAUUCUGAGUCUUCUGAAGUCAGACAAUAGCUUUGUGUGAGGAACAGACUGAAAUUUAAGUCGUUAUUCACUGAAAAUCUUCCCUUCUGCCGUUGGUGUCAAAUCUCAAUUGUGCGAUUUGAAUAUGCGCAUAUUUCAAUUAGGUGACGACUUACACAAGAAGCAAUGACGUUUGGCUUUAUUGAUGUUAAAUCUGCCAUGACACAUCUUGACCUUAUUUUAAUAUACUUGAAUUUGUGAAUAACGACUUAAAGUUUGCUCUGUUUGUCCUAUCGCAUAGUUUCAGAAGAUUUGGAAUAAAGCGCAUGAGUCAUAUGGACCGUUUUUAAUAUGCUUUUUUAUUCACUUUCAUUGUAUGGAAAACAGCUCAUUUUGUGUUCCCCAGAAGAAAGAAAAGCAUACUGAUUUGGAAGAACGUGAGGGUGAGUAAACGAUGACAGAAUUUUAAUUUUGGGGGAACUGUCCCUUUAAUUCAGGGUGCUGUUUCUACCCACAUUUUACAGAACAGAGGUGUCAUUGCCAUUUUAUGGAUACAGAUUUCCUUUAUAUUUUUCAUAAAUUGAGCAAUUGAUCCUGAAUAUUGUACAUUAUUUUUGAACAUAUUGAAUAUAACUUGUUUCAUCUUUGAAUAGUUGUUUUUUUUACACGCCUAUUUAUUACUUGGUGCUUUACAAAGGCAACUUUUGCAAUACAUUAAGUCAAAGUCCUGUUGAAGUUCUGUUUUUAGAAUGAGGAUCACAUAAAUGCAAAGGAUCACAUACUGAAAUGCCAAGGAUCUUUCCUCCCUGUUUCUCAGCUUAUACUCUGUUUCAAGACAUUUUCAUUAAUAUAGCUUACUGCUGUCAACAUUUUAUCAACCCUCCCCAAGGUUUUAAUAAGCUAUUUUUGCACUUCUGAGCUGUACUUUUAUGAAUUCUCUUUUUUUCCCUUGCAGUAGUCAAGCUCCAGAGGCAUAAAUGCACUUAGGAAAGUUCAGAAGACCUGUUGGUGCCCACUGCUUGUCUUUAUCUGUUGGGCCAUCUAGCCGAUAGCUUUUAUAGAAAGUAAGCUUGUUUGAGUCCCUUAUUUGUUCAAUAGAGUGCUAGUCUUCACUAUGAAAGAAUGAUAAAAGUUUUCUUUUUCUAUCAAGAAGCCUAUUUUAUUGCUUUGUUUUAAAAUACAUGUUUUUUGUUUAUAUACUGUGAGAUAGAAUUGUAUGUAGUUAAUUUAAAAUGUUGAGUUCCAGCACAUUUCUGCUGCCUCUUGUUUUGCUUUUAAAUACGAGUCUCGUUUUCGCUGCACCUAUGAAUGCAGAGACUCGAAGACUUCCAUAUGUAUUUUGUAAAAAAGCAUUAAUAUUUGUGAGUAAAAGAUGUGGGCCGACAUGUUUCUUACAAUGGGGUGUGUCUUUAUUCCUGUUGAAGGAUUAGGGUUUGGUUUUCUUGAAUUGCAAAACCCAAUUUUUUUCAACUGCACACUGUUUAUAGUUUCAUGCAUGAAUCUAUAUUUUGCUGACAGUAAAAAUCCUUUUCAUCAGUGUUG